AUGGCUGCUAUAAAAUCUGCUUCCGCUGGGUUGGUAUUGCCACGUCCGGUUACUUUCGUUACUGGAAAUGCGAAAAAGCUUGAAGAAGUUCGCGCUAUUUUGGGACAGUCCAUUCCUUUUCAAUCCCUCAAACUUGACUUGCCUGAGUUGCAAGGAGAGCCUGAAGAUAUCUCCAAAGAAAAAGCCCGUUUGGCUGCUAUUCAGGUUAAAGGACCUGUUUUGGUUGAAGACACUUGUCUCUGUUUCAACGCCUUGAAGGGUCUUCCAGGGCCUUAUAUCAAAUGGUUUCUCCAGAAGAUUGGUCAUGAAGGUCUCAACAAUCUGUUGAUGGCAUAUGAUGAUAAAUCAGCUUAUGCAUUAUGUGUAUUUUCCUUUGCAGUCGGUCCAAACAGCGAACCUAUCACAUUUUCAGGAAAAACACUGGGGAAGAUUGUUCCUGCAAGAGGACCCAAUGAUUUUGGAUGGGAUCCCAUUUUUCAACCUGAUGGCUAUGAUGAAACUUAUGCAGAGAUGUCCAAAGAAGAAAAGAACAAAAUUUCUCAUCGCUCCAAAUCUCUUACACUGGUGAAAUCACAUUUUGCUGAAGCUGGAUACACCUUUCAGAUCUAA